AUGCCAUCCAUCAUUUCGACUCUUGGUUACAUCUUAAUUGCUCCCUUCAUUACGGUCUUUUUGACGAUUCUCGGUGCCCUGGCGGUUGUUACCAGUGCUAUAACGUCUUCCUUUAUAUCCAUCAAGCUGGCAUUACUUGCUUGUGAGUUUGGGUUGGGCAUUGCAUUGACAUCGAUUCGACAAUUUCUAUCAUGGCUAUGGAUCACACCACCACCAAAGAGGAAUACGCUGCGGCGUAACUUACAGGGUCAACAACAGCCACAUCCACCCCCUUCAACGUUAAAGCGAACCAUGCGUCGGUCAUCACCGCCAGCUGACAUUUGCAUCUCAUUCAAAGCUCCAAUCAAAAAGAAGUACUCGUUAUCAGUGCCCAGUACGCCCGACAUCACUUCACGACACUUUGAACUCAACAUUUAA